UUCCUUGUGUGAAGAGAAACAUCAGCAGAGAGAAUUGGGAGGAUUUUGACUCUUUUGGCCUUCCAUAAACCCGAUACUACACUGACAAGCCGAGGCGUGUGCAGACGGAGCUGGCUUAGCCGAACAGCCAGGCCAUGUCUUUAAAGAUGGAGCUGGAUGUCAGUGGAGUGUCCCGGACCCCUGUGUCCGUUUUACCUGCUGCUGAGGUCAAAGCCACGCUAAAGCCUGAGGUAGAGAAACCACGCUGCUCCAGCACGCCCUGCUCACCCAUCAAAAGUACUGUCUCAGGAUACCAGAUCCUCCACAUGAACUCUAACUACCUGGUGGGCUUCACCACUGGUGAGGAGCUUCUCAAACUGGCCCACAAGUGGUCCGGGCCAGAGAAGAGUGGCACAGAGCCUUUGCCUGGUGCCAUCCAGAAGCCCAUGGAUUUAGGGAUGCACCGUGCUUCACGCGUUUACAAAACCAAAAGCCGUUACUACCAACCUUACGAAAUCCCUUCCAUUAACGGGCGACGCAGAAGACGAAUGCCCAGCUCAGGCGAUGCCUGCUUCCGAUCUUCAGCAACAGGGGAGAGCAGUAAGGCCCUGCAUGGCCCGUUGCCCCUCUGCUUGCUCAAGGCCAAGCGUGCGCACUCUAAAUCUCUGGACUACCUCAACUUGGACAAGAUGAGUCUCAGCGAGCCGGCCGACACCGACGUGCUGCAGUACCAGCUCCAGCACCUGACACUGCGCGCCGAGCGCAUCUUCACCAGGAACAAAACAUGAACGGAUGAAAAUGGGCCAGUCGCACCCACAGCCAGGCCUCACACACCCCAAGAACUGGCUGCUGUCUUUGGGCCUUGUGUUUCUCCAGUCAGAUCAUAGGCAGAUCCUGUAGUAAAGGCACCUGUAGGCCACUAAUCUCAUUAUUUUAAGAACUGUUUGUUAACCAGAAGGUUCAGUGAGGUUCAGCUAACAAACUUUAACCUGUGAACAAAGUGAAGUUGUUUUAAUAAUGUAUGUGUGUGUGUGUGUGUGUGAGUAAGACAGAGAGAAGUGUGGGGAUAAGUUUGUUCUGGAUUAGCAAUAAACUAUAUGCUUAACAGUUGCUACUACUGUGUGUGUGUGAGUGUGUGUGUGUGUGUGUGUGUGUGUGUACACCUGUGCUGAGGUGAAAAUGCCUCUUUUGCAGAAAAAGUACCUAUAACCUGCACUAGAUCAUACUGUUAGCCAUCUGGAUUUCAUUUUUUACUGGUUUAGCAUAGCUCACUGUGGUGUUCUCCUGACGUUAACCUAUUAGCAUUAGCAUCUUCACACUCGUAGAUGUGUCAGUAGGUGAUCUUGGCACUCAUUUGCCUGCCAUUUAGGUGAAACUUGAUGUUAAAAAAUAAAUAAAUAAAACACAGACUGUUAAACAAGUUAUUUAAGACGGUCAGAUAAAGCUUGCAUUCACUCACGCUGAGAUUAGUGCCUCACAUACACACUAUUAAUCCCCUUUAGUUUCUCCAGCUGUCAUAUUAUCUCUAUCUUCACACCGAGUAAUCCUGCACGGUUAUUUACUCCAUACAUGAAGAUAUUUGUGAACACUGGUAAUAUUUAUGUUGAUUGGUUCACAUGGAUUUAUUUCAUUAUUAUUUUUUCUUAUGCUGGUGCACAGCAUUGCUACUAAAACAAACCAAAGGAUGAACUUUGGCUGUCCUGGGAAAAACUUGAUUGAGAAUGGAAUUUUUUUUGUGUGUGUGUGCAACAACACCUGACAAUCAUAUUUCUACCCAACAAUCCAGACAGUUCAAACACCUUACUCUUAGUUUUGGUGCUCAUCAGACACUGUAUUUCACAUGUCACGCUCGUCUCGUGUCUCAUCCUCUUAAAAUAUUUCCUGACUUGAUUACUGUUAGUCACAUUAUAAACACUACCACAGUUAGUUAAUAGUGUGAAUCUGAUGCACUGGUUUGAGGCAUAUAAUGUAUUUUGUUUAGGACCAUCUGGGUCUAUGGUUUGAUUAAACAUUAAUCUAUACUGUAUGUUUAAAAAAAAAAAAAAAAAAAGAAUCCCCCAAAACUACACUGAUAAUAUUUGAGUGGCUUACGCUACGACUGUUUUUAUUUUAUUUAUUUAUUAUUUUUUGAAUUGUCAUACUAAUUUGAUUCACUUUUCCUUGAAGCGGUGUAUGAUGUAAUAGUGUAAACCUACAAUCAUAUUAUUAUCUGAAUUUAUUUUUCUGCUGCUCUUUUUUCCUGUAGGGGCAGGAGAGAGGGGUGUUUAGUGGACGAUUUGUCCCAUCGUGCCCCACCCUUUAUUUCUUCCCAUUUCUUCCAAAUAACUUUGACUCCUACUGAGUGUUCUCUUUCUAGAUUUUUUCCUUCACUUCCUCGAUGAGUUCCAUGCUUCGGACUGAAACCAUGCACUUGUUCUCCUUUUCUCCUCAAUUUUUGUCUACUUUUGUGUAUUAAUAAUAUGUUGUAUAAAUAUUCUCAGCACCUUAGAUUCACAAAUAUUGGUGAUGUAUUGGUCAUGUUUUCUUCUGUCUUCUUCUGAUGAACUGCAUAACAUCUUGUUUACAUAUUGCUUUAUAAUAAGACUGUAACGCUGUUA